AUUGUACUACAAACAAUGCCGGGUGAAAAAUGCCGUCAAUUGAAGCACUAGUAACUGACGAUAGUAGGCGCGUGAAGCGCCGCCAUAGAAGAAGCAUAUAACCUACCUUCUUCUCCAGUUACUACUGGUAGCAGCAAUGGCCAAGGGUGACGAUGCUGUUCGAAGGAAGAAGAACAAAAAGCUUCGAAGGAAGAGCAAUGACUCUUCUUCUCUCUCUGCCAAGGUAGCCGCCGUUAUCGCUGCCAAGAAGCGCCGUAAGGCCGGUAAACGCCGCAUUUGCCAGGGUAUGUGCUUUAGUCUACCUACUCCAGAGGAUCCAUUCAAUGAUAGAUGUGGGAAAGAGGAAUUCAAAAUAGGGAGUCCUAAAAGGAAGACGCCACCAAAACCAAAAGAUGAGAUGGUUCCUCUUAAUGCGCAUAGUGAGCCCGGAAGGAAAGGUGCAGUUGGUAGGAGGAAUAUUUUGCGAAAAUUGAAUGAUAUACAAAGGGAAAAUGAAUCUGUGACAGGCAACGAUAAUCAGGGUCAGAAAUGUGUUGUUAAGUCGGAAAGGAAAAAUAUUGAGGUGACUGAGAUGGCUGACCUUUGCGGUGCCCGACAGCUUGAUUGUGACGUUUCAGAAUUCCCUUCUAAGUUUGUAUUUUGGUGUCUAAGCUCAAUUGAAAAUGCAUUGCGACAUGGGGAUGCCUACACUGAUGGAGAGGGAAACUCUUUCUUUCUAAAUCCAUGGGGAUUAGAAUUUUCAAAGUGUUAUUCUACGGGAAAAGAUCUGAUGGAGACCAGUGGAACCUCUGCUACUACCGAGCAAAUUGCUUGGAUGGUUUCUGGUGCAGCUGAUACUUUUGUAAGAAAUGAGAAAGAAGGGUUAUCCUUUUCUGGCCCUUUCCUUUUAUUCCUUGUACCUUCCCAAGAAAAAGCUGCCCAGGUUCGAACAGUUUGCAAGCCUUUGAAAUCUGUUGGAAUACAUACAGUGAGUAUUCAUCCAGGUGCUUCCUUAGAUCAUCAGAUUCAAGGUCUGAAAACUUGUGAACCUGAGUUUCUUGUUUCUACUCCCGAGAGGCUUUUGAAGCUUGUUUCUAUGAAGGCGAUUGAUAUUUCUGCUGUCUCCAUUCUGGUUAUUGAUGGGCUUAAUACUAUUUGUAGUGCUGGCCACACUGAGGCUAUAAAAUCCAUUAAGAAGUAUAUUUCUGGCAAUCCCCGUCUUGUGAUUUUCAAUGAUGGCGUCAACCAUACCUCUCUCCCAUUGGUUCAGUAUCUCCUGACAGGAUCAAUUUGUAGACUCUCUCUCAAUAAUUCAAUCACCAGCCUAAGUUCAUGCAUUAUCCAGUCUGUUAAAGUGUGUACAUCUGAAGAAGAGAAAGUUGUUAAGAGCAUUGAAGGCUUGGAUCGAUUUCGGAGCAGCCAUUCUAACAAUUCAAACAUGCUAUAUAUUUUAAGGAAAGAUGUCAAGGGCCAUAAAUUGGUGAAGACUCUCGAAUCCAAGGGUUGUUCCAUUUCACUUGAUUCAGAUGCAGCCAGUUUUCAUGAUAGUGUGGAUUCAAACAGCAGACCGCUGGUUUCCGUGAUUGAUUUGGAGCAUAUCUUUACUAAAGAUAUAGGGACGUAUGAUGUAGUAGUCCUACCUAGUUUUGUACCCUCUAUAGACACUUAUGUGCAUAUUUUGACGAUGAUGGCUCGCCAAAGUGUCAAUGGUGUAUUGCACAGUUUCUUAACAAAAGGAGAUGCAGAACUUGCAGCACCGCUCAUUGCAGUUCUUGAAAAAUGCGGGCAGGAAGUGCCUCAGACCCUGCAGGAUCUGCAUCAUACAUCAAACAUGUUGGAAGAUUGAAUAUUUUUUCUUAUGGUCAUUCCAUCAUUGCUGGUCGGAAAACCAAUUUCUUUUCUUUUCGAACUUGGGCUGGAGCUAUGCAUGGGAGGGAUGAUAGAUGUCCUAUGCUUUUAAUUUGGAAACCUUGCACGAAAUGAAGAAUCUCAUUCAGAAAAGUUUUGCAUUAUGUCCGUCCUGUUUCCGAGACUAUAUUUUCCUGUAGUUGAGUGGACAAUGAUAUUUGGCAACAAAGUCAACCUUGAGCUAAGCUUGUUAAAUUGAUUGGCCUAACGUGACAAUUAUUAAAGAUUGCCCGAUAGUCCUCCAAGGUAUUUAUCAACUUCUGUUGAUGAAAAAUUUUGAUGUUUCAUAUAUUUAUUUUCUUUCCCUUUCGUCCCCAACAGGGAAGGUUUUAAUUUAAAAAUUUUAAUUUAAAAAUUUUAUUUUGCACAUUUCCCACUUCCCAUGCAAACUCAGGAGACCAUAUUUGUAGUAGCAUCCUUUUGGCUUCAGGAGUAUCUUGUCCCUACUAUAAUAGUGUGACUGCUUAGCAUUCGAUACACUUUUUAUCUCAACAUAAGAAUGAUUAUCCUCAAGGCACUGGGAAUCAAGAGUGAAACAUUUUUAUUGCAGAUUAUAUUGUAAUGAAUUGAAAAUCAUGGAAGGUACCGCAUUAAUAAUAUUUUUUAAUUU